AUGAAAACAUUAACUGCAGAACUCCCAGACCAAAAAGAUGUAAGAAGGGUCCCAAAACCCCAGAUGGAGAAACGGAGAAGAGACCGCAUCAAUAACAGCCUGGAAACUCUGCGUCUGUUACUGUUGGAGAAUACACACAAUGAGAAACUGCGGAACCCCAAAGUGGAGAAGGCUGAAAUCUUGGAGAGUGUGGUUGACUUCCUGAAGGCAGAGCACGAGGGGGGACACGAGCCUUGGCCAGAGAUCAGACGAAGGAGAGAGAAACCUGGAGUGGAGGACGACGAGGUGAAGUCACCCAGCAAGCAUCACCACAGCUACCAUGCAGGCAUGAGGACAUGUCUACUAAGGGUCGGCCAUUUCAUUUCAGCUAAGAGUCAUGAGUUGGAGGACAGCAGUGAGGAAGGCCCACAGGCUAAAUCCCCGCUACAUCAAGAUCCUACCUGUCGACGAGUGGAGAAAGCUGAGAUCCUGGAGCACACGGUCCUUUUCCUGCGGAAUACAGAGAACCCGGUUCCGCAUGAGGAGGCAGAGCAGCACCCUUUUCGGCACGGCUUUUUGGCCUGUCUGAAGCAGGCUACGCAGUUCCUGAAAGUCGAGGGCGAGGGACAGCGGGCGGGGGGAGCUUUGACGGACGCGCUCUCCUUGCAUCGCUUGCGACCCUCCACCCAUGACGCUGCGACGCGGCUCUCCCCUCGCCCUCCCCGGACACAGUCGGAGGGGUCGCCUGUCCAAGCAUGGCAGCAAGGCUGGAAAAGCAGACAGCAGCUCUGCGCAGCCCUCGGAAGUUGGAACUUCCCAUACCAAAGAGCACCACUGGCACAUACAGACCCUAACGAUCCGCAGGGAUACCCCAGAAGUGCUCCUGAAGUCUGCUCCUCAUCCUCCACACACAGCCAGGCCAUGUGGAGACCCUGGUCUUGA